AUGAUCGGGGACCUGUUGAAUGCAGAUGCUGGCUACUAUGAAGCCUUUAUAGAAACUUUGCAUGACAGCAUCUCCUCCUUCCAGGAGCCCUGGUUUGAUGAAAUCACUGGGGGCUUUGACCAGCUCCCCCAGGCCCUGCACGAUGCCUUUUUGAUGGGGACAGUCCACCUCCAUUCACCAGCAGAGGAAUUGGAGACAUCUGGAGACCGCAUCCACAUCAUUCACCAAACACCCGAUCCUCUGCAGCCCCGGGCUCGUCCGACCGCCGAUUGUGCGGUGGUGGACAGCACAGCCAAGGCUGCCUGGCUUCUCUGUUUUCAGCUGCCUCUCUCCCCAGACAAGGAGGAUGUAUUGCAUUCUGUCCACUACAGCAGCACCACCGAAGUGAUCCUGGCCUGCAUGCAGCGUUUCUGGAAAUGCAACAGCAUCUUCGGUGGCAAGUCCAGCACCGACUGGCCUUCCAUCUACUACCCCAAUCACAUCUUCCCCAAUGGCAUAGGGGUCAUCCUGGCCUUCUAUACUGUGGAUGGUGACUCCAUGUUUUUUGCUGCCAUGGACCAUGCCCAGGUGGUGGAUGUCAUCCUGGAUGACCUGGCCGCUGUCCAUGACCACCCCAAAGAGGAGCUCCGGGCCUUGUGCCCCUACUCCAAGAUCAAGCACUGGAGCCAGCACCCUUAUUUCAUGGGCGGCUUCACCUUCUUCACCCCCUGCCAAUAUAUAGACUAUGCCCAGGAGCUCUGCUGGCCAGAAGGGUGGGUCCACUUUGCUGGUGAGCACACUGCCCUGCCCCAUGGCUGGAUUGACACGGCCAUCAAAUCAGGGCUCAGAGCCGCUAGGAGCAUCCAAGAGGCCAUGGGCUUGGCUUUGACAAAGGACCCCAGGGAUCCAAUAAAGCCCCGCUCCAAAAGUGUCCUAUAG